AGAUGUGGCUUACACGGUGUCUGAGAGUCUCGACCGAGGAUGAUACGCUUGCGUUACGCUGCGCGCUCGCCGGCCGGCCUGCGAUGAUGCUGCGAUGUAACGCGCGGACGCGGAAUAAAAUUCCGAUCGUUUUUUUAAGUUGACCUCGCCGACUAUCGACCGAGCGAUCGAGCGAGAAGGCAUGAGAAGAGUGAUUCGCGAAUGAUUUCCGACCCUCGAUUUCACGGGUGCUUCGAAUCAGCGACGCAGGAGGCGCAGUCACGCAUAACGCACGUCAUAAAAAUACGCCUUUCAUUAGGGGUCUUUUUUUCUGCAGGAUUCUUUUCACGGUUUCGCAUUUCUCAUUCUUGUUCUUAUUGCCAUCUCACUGUCUCUCCUUGGUUCGCCGGUGAAAAUUCACACGACAAUAAUGGAAGGUUCAAAGCGCGCGCGUGUCAGUGAUACGCGUCGUUGAACGCUCUCCGCGGAGAUACUUUAGCUGGAAAGUCUCGGGAUGCAUUCCUCGAACGAACGAUGUAAUCUAGUCGCCUCGACGAUGAUUCACGAUGAUUUGUCGAAUUUCAUUUGCAUCUCGACAUGAAAAGGCACAUCUUUUGAUACGUAAUCCUUUCUUGCUGUUCAAGUUGCCUAGCGAGUGGAUUUUUAACUAUUUGACUGCGUCGCAUAUCGAAUGAAAAGUAGUUUGCACUCAUAUUUGUUUUCUUUUGUUUGAUAUCGAACAUGGAGAAAAGAGAGAAGGAGGAUAUUCGAUAAUAAAAUGCAGAUACUGAGCAAUUAUCAAAAAGCAUGAGUGAGCAAUUGAGGAGCUCAUUUCCGGGCUUAUUCCGAACCUGCGUUUCCGAGAAAGUCACACGUCACAAGGCUUUUCCAAACUUUCCUCGGCUUUGUUACAUAUUGUCCUCACUUUUUAAAACGACGAAUUUUAAGACGGUUUUUGAAAAUGAGCUCUUCGAUUUUGCGAAUCACACAGGGCGGUUCGAAAGUCCGGAAACGGCCAAUUAUCUCCGAAAUAAUUGGUUUUAUAAGAUGUUUCAGACAAUACUUGCAGUAUUCAGAAAAUUACAUUAGUUGUCCCUGUGACCUUGAAAUGAUAUGUCAAGAUGACGUUUAAAAAACUUAAAUGAAUACUCCCCCACUUUUUAUUACUUGUUUUGAUAACUGGCGUCGCGAUCUUUUCAUCUUUCAAAAGACUAUAAUAGUAUCUAAUUUGGAUCUUUAGUUCAGAAGUUAGAAGAGUUAAAUGUUGACUUACCAACAGCACUGCGGGGAGGUUUUCUCGGAUCAUACAAAGUCCGAUUGUGUGAUCGAUUCUUUUUAGAGCUGCAUCUAACCAAGCAACCUCCUCACGGUGUCCAUCAGGUAACGCUGAUGUUGGCGGCAGGUCAUCAUUUAACUCUUCCAGCUUCUGAAUUAAAGAUGUAAAUUGGAUAUCAUCAUAAUGUUUCGUAAAGGUAUCGACAUUAGUUAUUAAAAUCUGUAAUAAAAAAUGGUAUCCAUUUAAGGGUUUUCAAUAAAGUCAUCUUGACAAACCAUCUCAAAGUCACUUCAAGAUCACAAAGACAUUAUUAUCUAGUAUAAUUUUUUGAACACCUUCGUUUCAAACGUUAUUCCAUAAAACCAAUCGUUUCGGAGAUGAUUCGUCAUUUUUCCGGGCUUUUAAGCCAGCCUAUAUAUGUUAUUUCUGUGUGAUAUACGCGGCGUGCAUUUGUGUCUAUCCAAACGGAUUGAUUGUGUGAAUCAGAGACACAGCUUGUGGUUGAACUCGCCGAAUUUUGUUACUCUUAAUCCAACGAUGUUGCUAGACGAACGAUGGUUUGAACGAUUGAAAUUCGUUCUUGUUAACUUUACCGCUUCGUUAAUGUGCAAUUGUCUACGUAUUGUAAAUAACUACCUUGUUCUCUGCCUGAGUGCGAAUACACUUUGUUCUAGGUUCUAAUGAAUUGUAAAGGCAGUUGUUUGAGUCGUUGUGCUGAUCAAGUGUGUGAUCAACGGUGAAGCUAGCGUCCGCGAUCUUGAAUUCGAAGGAACAAAACGCAAAACAGCUGCUUCAGAUUCGACGCGUUUUAAUCAUUAUCGUCCGUAAUAAAUUUGUGCGAAGUGUUAGUAUCGAAGAUGUUUUUUUUUAGGUAGAAUCAAGCGCAUACGAGGCGCUUAGGCAUCGACAUCGGAUUUACACGAGCGGACUAUCUUGUCGGUCGAACGGUGAAACAUUUCUGUUACGUUUCCUGAAGAAACUCCCUUCUGACUCCCUUGUUUUGUCCGUCUCGACCCGUAUUAGCGUUCGUCGACGAUCGUGCAGAUCUCGACGGGAAAUCCCGAUAUCUCGCGGUAAGCGUAGCAAACGAUUGCGUAGUUACGAUUGUGCGCUCCGCGACACAGUUUCCUGACGAAAGUCUUUCUUCGGGAGUUCGUAUGCCUAAGGGACACACAUGAAUAUGCGAGAUGUAAUGUAAAAAUGUAAAUACAAUUUCUUUCGAGAAGUGUCUUGCACGUGAGACUCGCCGAUGUUUUUUUUCCGGACGCUCCUUUACGUCGUUCGGGGUCAAAAGCUACGAAGAAUAAUAAGUCCUGGCCUACAAGUGCUGAUGGAUGCUUUAAGCUCUAACCUUUACAAAAUUGACCAAUCACAGUCGAUUGUUCUCCUCACAUUCGACUGUGAUUGGCCAAUUUCUUAAGACUCUGAGCUUAAAUUCUCAUUGUAGACCCCGCUUAAUAUGAUAAUUUCUUUCUUCAGGUAAGCCGUCAAUAUACGCCCAGAUAGUAAAAUGAGAUGUCAUGUAGCGCUCAACGUGCGUUCAUAUAUUGACGUAACGUACGUGGUCUGUUCUUUUCGGCUGAACCAGUUCAAGAAAUGUACAUGCACAUUGAAGCUUAUGAAGCGUACAUGUGAGAUUCUCACGCUUCAGUGUGCGUAAAUUCAGCUAGAAAGAGAACAGAUCGAUCAUCCCAAAAAUGCGUGCAAAUACGUGCGCAUAUGCUGCUCACUCCUCCCCCCUCCUUUCAUUAAAAAUUUUCACGUGGGUUCCCACGGAAACCCUCGUACGAAUCCAUAUAUAAGAUAUUAGAAUCCAUAUAGAAAUCCAGAGGGGGGUGUGAAAAUCCAUAUAGAGAUUCAUAUAGAUUGUUAUCUAAAACUUGGGUCGAGGUUCCGCGUCGAGUUCCCAGGGGCGACUGUGGAAUUCCACAUGAAUUUCCUAUGUGGAUUCCCAUCUGGUUUUUUUUUAACAAGACAUCACUUACGUCACGAUGUCAUCGAAAUACAUCUAAAUAUCCAAGAGCAUCAGUCAAAAUCAUAUCAAGAAUGUAUAUUCGCACGUCAUUUGCUCAUUUUUGUACAUCUUGUAUUCACACUAAUCACGUGGUGAUCCUUAAAAGGGUCAAUUAAGUCGAAAUCAUAGUACGACAAUCACACAUUGUGAUAACCAAUGAUCAUUACGCGUUUUUAUCCGGGCGAGUUUACGUAGCGACGUAUGUGAUGACGAGAACGUAAACACCCACGAGCGCGCGUAACGAUUCAAGCUGGAGGAGGAGUGCGCGCGCUUACGCGCCUCGUAAGUAAUGCAACGGAAUGUGUGCAGUACGCAUAACGCGGGGAGUCGCACGACGGGGGGAGGGGUCUCGAGAGGAGAUAUAUGCGACCGCAGGAAUCAAUAAACUCCUGGUCGCACGCACUUCGACGCUUCGAGGGAACGAAGACACGUGAAAUGGAAAGGAAAAUGGGACGCGCGGUUGGUUGGUCGGUCGCCCAGCCGGAGGGGAGGAGAGGAAGAGGGAAAAGGGAACGACGAGGUUAGACCGACCUCUCUUGGCGCGCGAGUACGACUUGCGACGACCUCCGACACCGAAGACGGAGCAGGAUGGCCCACGCCGCGUCCGACGAUGUCAACGAGAAGAGCUACAUCCUGGAGGCGGCGAAGAAGAACUUCGAGGACGGCGGUAGCCUCGGUUCGGAGGAAUCUUACGAUGACAUGAGAAGACUGGUCGGGGAGGAGGAGGAGGAGGAGGAGUCUGGCAAAUUCAGCAGUCUGCCACUGGCAAGUUUCAAUUUCAUCAAUUCCAUCAUCGGCAGCGGUGUUAUCGGAAUACCGUACGCUCUGCACCAGGCCGGCUUCGGCCUCGGCAUCGGCCUGUUAAUUUUGGUGGCGGCGUUGACCGACUACUCGCUAAUUCUCAUGGUGCGGAGCGGCCAUAUCUGCGGCGAGAUGAGCUACCAGGGUCUGAUGCGGGCGAGUUUCGGCCGCGCCGGCUUCUACAUCCUCACGGCGUUGCAGUUCGUCUACCCGUUCAUAGCCAUGGUCUCUUACAACGUCGUUGUCGGCGACACCGUGACCAAGGUCCUGAUAAGAGUGACGGGCAUGCAGGAGACGAAUAUCCUGGCGCACCGACAAGUCGUCAUCCUGUUGGCGACCUUCGGCGUCACCAUUCCGCUUUGUCUCUAUAGAAACGUAGCGCGGUUAGCGAAGAUCUCCUUCCUAUCGCUGGUCUGCGUCGCAUUCAUCCUAUUCGCGAUCUUCAUUCGGAUGGACACCAUGUCCGCUGUAGUCCCCAGUCGGACCGAUAGCUGGAGGUUCGCCAAUUUCCCCGGGGUCGUUCCGGCGAUCGGUAUAAUGGCGUUCGCGUUCAUGUGCCACCACAAUACCUUCCUGAUUUACGGCUCGAUCGAGAGAGCGACGCAACAAAAGUGGGACGUGGUGACGCAUUGGUCCCUCUUCACGUCCUUCCUGAUCGCCGCGGCCUUCGGGAUCGUCGGCUACGCCACCUUCACGUCCUACGUCCAGGGCGAUCUCAUGGAGAAUUACUGCUGGAACGACGACCUGAUGAACUUCGCCAGGGUCAUGUUCAGCGGCACGAUAUUACUCACGUUUCCGAUCGAGUGCUUCGUCACACGCGAGGUGAUCAUGACGGCGAUCAAAGGCACGGACGAGCUGGAGGGACACGAGGCGUACAUACCUAACUCGGAUCGCAAGUAUCUGGUGAUCACUCUAACGAUAGUAUCCGUGGCUUACCUGAUCUCGAUGUUAACGGACUGCCUGGGCGUCGUGCUCGAGUUAAACGGUAUCCUCGCCGCCGUGCCGCUCGCCUACAUCCUCCCCGGUCUGUGCUAUCUCAAGCUCGAGGAAGGGCCCGUCUUGUCAGCGAAAAAGCUUCCGGCGCUCGGCUUGAUGACCGCUGGUAUCCUCGCCGCCAUCUCGGGCCUGCUACUGAUCAUCAUCAACAGCAGCACCUCCGGCUCCUGCUCCCACGGCAAGAUAAUGCCGUAUUGCGUCGGCAACUCGACGACGAUACUGCUAAACGCGACGACGAUGACGAUCACCACGGCGCCCGCAAACCUGAUUCCCGCCAGCACGGAGUCCGGCUUGUAAGUCGCCGGGACGAGGACCGCGAUGUCUCUCCUCCAGUUAGUCGUAAGUCAGUCAGCCAGAUCUCGAUCGAAAGUAUGGCGCGAGUUCAGAAGAGACGAGUACACACACACGGGAGGGGAAUUAAUUUAAAUCGAAAAUUAAUUAAGAUUGACUAGUAGCCAAGAUCGGUGACGUCCGCUCGGAGAUGAAGGAUGCGCGAAAGUAGGGUAAUAGUACGUAAUGAUACCGAUGGCAAACCGGGGUUUUCUCUCGACACCGACCUACUCCGAGGCCCGGAGUGUCUAUUCGAUACGUAUAAUUGUUUCAAACGCGCUCUCAAACGAGAAUUUUAUACCCGGCUUGCGUGCGGAAAACAUUGUUUCUACCGAGAAAAAGGUCGCCCGGACAGAGCAGGAUUUUAUUCUGUGACAGAAUGCACCGUUCAAAUACACGAAGGAAUCACGACUGCGACGUGGAAAGUGACGGCCGUACUAAAACUAUUCGAAAACCGGUUCUAAGGAGAGUAGUGGUUAUCCUACAUCGUGUAGCGUGUAUUGACAAAUAGGUUUUUCACGUUACGAAGACGUCCUGUUGACACCGAGGGCGAGAACAGGUUUCGAAAUAAAUGUGUGUGUGUGUAUGUACACUCGAGACUACACAUUCGUUAGGUGUUGUUUACCACUGCGUUGUUCUUCGUGAGAGAAAUUAGAUCCGAGUGAAAAAAGAUCCGUGUAGAAUCGCUACUCCUGCGCGGGACACGCGAAUUUACAGAGAAUGAUACUGGGUUCUGUGUCAGCGACCCGAGGAAUAUGUAGUUAUGUUAAACCGUUUUUUUCCUUCGAACGUCACCACGCACCACAUCGUUGGAAAUUUGUCUCGAACGCACGCUUGUUACGAUAUAAUUGAGGAAGCAGUGAAAACAAUAUAGGAUUCGCGGCUCACGAGCGAGAAAUCCGAAGAUCGGCGAUAGAUACGCGAUUGCUCGUUCCGCCACUUAACCGAGUGACCCAGAUCGAUGUUUAUCACACGCAAAUUCAGCAAUUUGCGUCUGCAAUGAGCUUAGGGAUCGGUAUGUGUAUAUAUAUAUAUAUAUACACGUAUAAAGUGAAAGUGGCUAAUUGAUUUUUCUGCGACGCACAUCGUUAGAGAGAAUUUUAACGUACCAAUCUGAUUAUUGAAAAAACUUGCGAUAUAAUAAUUAUUAUUAUUAGAUAUGAAAUAUAUAGCGAAUGCAGAGUUCCCGCCUCUCGAAUGAAAUUCCGGGAGCGGAAUUAACAGGGGGUGGGGACUUCCGUAGUUACGGAAUGCGUGAAUUUUAAAGAGUAGUAGUCUUGUGAUUAGAGAUAAUUGUGAGUAGAUCGUUAACGUAUAGAACGCGCGUGAGCUAAAAUCUCAUUAUAUUUUUAAAGAAAAAAAAACGACAGACAAAUGGUUUAUAAACGAAGAUAUAUAAAUAUAUAUGUAUAUGUGUAUGUACAUGACAUAUAACGUACGUACACCUACACACACGUACACACAAUGUUUGUAUUUUCUCUUAAUAAGGGACUAAUAUAAUUGAACGUCGAAAGAGAUUAAGAGAUACAUAUUUGUUCAAACAUUCGCGCAGGACGAAUGAAAUUACUAUCGAUGAGUUGGCGUCGCGUCGCGUGGUGUCACGUUUUAUCUAAACAGGCAUUGGAGCGAUUCAAUUUUCCUAUCGGUUUUUUCACUUAUUUAGAAACAUCAGUUUUUUCACAUCACAGAAAAAACUCGCUUUUAUCACUUUUUUUGUCUUCCUACUCUAUUGGAGCUCUUUCAGGAAAACUCGAUCACAAGAAAUCACGUGUUCAGUAACUAUAGCUUCUUUAAAGACAAAGCAAGAAAUUCAAAGGAAAUAAAAAGUAACGGUGAGAUUUUGAAAACACAAUGUUCAUAAAGAGAACUCAUAUGAAGGAAAAUUACGUACAGAAAGCACAUGAUUUUAUUUUUAAGCUAUUAUUAUCAGGUUUAUUAGAAAAGCAGACUAACCGGCAUCAGCACAACUGAUUAUAUUUUCUUCAAAUUACGUAGUGAAAUGGACUGUCCACGAUCUGUCUGACUUCCAUUAUAAGGUGAAUGUUUUUAAUCUUUCAGAAGAAUGGUAUAACGGAUAAUUUAUUCUUUAACGUACAAAUUAUUUGAAAAAAGACUUCCUUUUUAUUCACUUCUUUUUUUUUUAAGGCAGAUUCACUAUUUUCUUACUUUUUCAAGAAUGAAGCUCACGCUUUUCAUUAUUUUUGACAACUGAACCGCCUCCAUGCCUGAUUUUGCUUAAAUUUCUAGUCGCGUCUUGCUUACAUUUUCCACGCGCAUUACAUUUGAUCUCUUACAAGAAAAACAGGGCAAGAGAAAGACGUUAUUCAUUUUUAGAAUACUUUUACGAACGUAAAACUCUCUGCACUUAAGAUUAUCUAGUUGCACAACACAAGCAAGUUUUAAGGAGUUCAACGUAUUGUUUCGCAAUGAGGACAAAAUCAAAAUGAAUACAGUAGAUUAAAGCAGCGAGAGAAUGAUUGCAUAAGUAUCUUACGCGCUGGUACAAUCAUCAUUCGGAUUCCAUAUUCUUCGUUAAAAAAGUUCGGUUGAUUAAUGUUUUAUGGAAGAUUUUGAAUAAACGGGACUAUUUUUUGAAUUUGGAAGGAGAGGAAGGGGAAAGGCCAAGGAAUAUAUAAAGAAUCAAAAUGUCAAAAGCUAUAGUGAAAACGGCACAAUCACGGGGCGAAAGUCAAUUUCCGCUUCCUAAAUGACGCUUUACAUAAUUAACACGAAUCAAAGACCACGUAUAAAGAAAGUAUUUAUCGCGCACGUUCGCGUACCUAUAGUAUAUAAGAAGAAGAAUCAAAUACGUUUACCUGUGUACUUGCGUAUAUUUGAUGAAUAUGAAUAGAGAAAGAAAGAUAAUGCCUAUAUUUAAGAUAAGAAACUAUAAAGUUGAGAUGUGUAUCGAAACAGCCUUUUGUCUCGAAAACGUGACGUUUCUCGUCCGCAAAUACACGACGAAUGUAAUGAACGACGAUGAGACAGAAGGACAGAAUAGUGCAUAUACUUAUAUUCGAUGAAAUAUGCGUAUAUGCACAAAUAUAUAUCUGUACUUUAGAAAGAAACGAGAGAUAUAGCAUUAAUUUUUCUUCGAGUUUCCAAUCAUACAUCUAAAAACUACAUCUAAAAAUUCUCCAAGCUAAUCUGCAAAAGCUAGUUCUUUCUUCUUUCAAUCACAGAAAUAUUAAUAAUAAAUAUUAAUUAAUAUUAAAUAUUAAUUUUUUCCAGUCAUAAAAAUAUUAAUUUGUGACUUACGACAAUGUAUGGUCACAAGAAGAAGGUUGCAACAUUUUUCUUCCGAUGUGUUUCACAAUACAUCUCAUAUUCAAUAGGAAAAUGUAUUCUCCGAGAAUUAAAUGAAAAACCAAUUUUCCUACUGGACACGGGAUGCGUUUCGAAACUUACGAGAAGAAAGGUGCUGCAACUUUGUUUGUGACUGACCGCACGACAUCUUGAACAUUUAUUUCUAAAUUCUGAAACUUCCGGGAAACUUCUUCAGAUAAACAUCAAAAGGACAUUAAAUGAACACACUCCGUGGCUCCUCUUCUUCCGCAAAGUACAGGUAUACGCAACGCAUACAUUCACGUUUGACUAGCGCGUGUUCGAUCAAUCACGCUAUCACGCACACACUUUCCCGUAGUUUUGCCGGUGAUUGCCCGUAUAGAAGAAAAACAUGUGUCUCGUUGAGCCAGCCGAGAGAAAGAAAUUUGUACACAUUCCGUUAAAAUGUAAACUUUAAGUUACAAGUGGCUGUUACGUCACGAGAGCGUAAGAAAAAUCCAAAUACGUAAAUAUACACACAUAUAUAUAUAUAUAUUUUCUUACAAGGGAAAACCACCGUGACAUCGUGUCUUUAAUUAAAACUUGCUUGGUUCAAGUUCCUACUCUGAUCUUCAAAUACACGCUCAUAAUGACGUAUAAUGGUUCGAUAAGUAGUACGUGGUUGUGAGUUCUAUGGUUGUUCUCUACGGUCGUUACUCGCUCUAAUAAAAUAACACUAAGAUAACUGUUAUUGAUUUAGAUAUCAAACGCGUAAACACGUGUGCAUGUAAAUACGAUACAGGAUAUCCGAGACAAGAAGAGAGCUGCACGUAUGUAUAUGUUGUUCUUGUAAUUAGGUAAUCGUGCCGAGAGAGAGAGAGAGAGAGAGAGAGAUUUCCGAUUUAUCUUCCGCUCUCGUGGGAUGACGCGUUGCACAAACGCACAAUCUGCGACGUCUAGAAGCAAAAAGACUCUAAGCACGACUUCCCCUGUGAUAUCGUUUUUACGGUGUUUGCUUUUCUCUUCACGAUAUUGUUUUCACGAGGUUUUUACUUGUUUUCGUAAAUGCUCCAUAACGCGCGCGCGAUGCGACAACCGAUGCGGAUCUCUGCUUACUUGCUUCUUCCAAGCAUUAUAUUCGGCGAUAAUUAUGCGCGUAUAUAUUUUACGAGGGAGACGUAAAGCCAGAAAAGUGUGAAUCUAUGUCGAGUUCCGAUAAUGCUCUAAGUGUGCCAAAGCGAACCAAAGCGGCAAUCGUAUGAAAAAAGGAAGGAAGGAAGGAAAGAAGGACGCGUGUCCGGGUGUGUGUGCGUGCUGAGGUGUGCGCUAAUGUGUGUAUGUGUGUGCGCGCGUAUGUACCUGCGAGCAAACGAAAGCUGUGUGCGUAUAAGAGUCGGUGCUUGGUGAAAUGGCGAUCUCGCGGGUUACCGAAUCUUCGCGGGUUUUCCGACCAUAUUUAUUCUGUGAUAGUUACGCGUUUUACAAGGGGGGUGCAAUUCGCGGGCUCCUCCGCGAUCUCGCACGUGGCGCACACGUGCGUGCAUACCCGCAAUGCUACGCUACACAUAAAUAUAUGAUGAUGAUGA